CGAGUUUUACUAAAGGUCGUAAAUUUUGCCGUAGACGUAGACGUAAACGUAGACUUUACGUCCGAAUGUACGUGUGCGUAGAUUGCGUUUUACUAAAGGUCGUAACUACACACGUAAACGUAGAUACACACGUAGACUUUGUCGUAGUUUACGUCUGGAACUCUUUCGAAGGAGGUACAAAAACUAUCCUAACAACGAAUGCUACGCAUGCGUAUUGCAUACUUUCGCUUAGCCCAUUAUCGUCUGCUAGAUCUAUAAUGACAGAUAAAAAGCCACGAAAACCAAAUUGGUCGGAGGGAGAAAUGUGUGUCUUAGCUGACGCGUGUCUGUCAUUUAACCAAAUCAUCCGUGGUAAAUUUUCGCCAUCCUUGACCUCGGAGAUGAAGAAAAAGGCGUGGGAAACCAUCACCGAUAAAGUAAAUUCAGUUGCAAUAAACUGCACCAGAACACUCGAUGAAACCAAAAAGAGAUUCCAGGAUGCCCAGUCUGCCAUUAAGAAGAAGGAGGCUUUCAGAAAGAGGGAAACUAACAAAACAGGAGGUGGACCCCCGCCUGAGGUGAAUUUUAAGCCAUGGGAAUUGACAAUUCUUAGUACCAUUCCAUCGGUGGCGAUUCAUGGUCUCGAUGGGGGCGCUGAUACAGGGACAGAUUUGGACAGAGGUAACAGGACAGAUUCAAGUACAUGUAUGACAAUUUCUGAAGGUAUCCAAACCCCUGGGGCAAUGGGAGAUACAUGUAGCUGGACUUUGUCAUCAGAUCAGGUCACAGAUUGUAUAGUAGACAUUAUACCUGAGAAUGAAUGUUCGGAGCCACCCUCUCCAUCUCCAUCUUGUACCCUUACAUGUACAUCAAAUAAGAACAAGAAUAGGAGCAGUUUGGGACUCAAACAGAAAGCUGGAGAUUAUGAGAAUGGAAUGAAAGAAAUUAUUGCAAUGAAAAAGAAACGCUUAGAACUGGAGGAACGAAAAGUGAAAGCCCUUGAGAGAAUUGCCAGUGCUUUGGAGGGACAUCAGGGACAGUCAUGCACAGAAUUCUCUGUUUCUCCUAUCAUCAAAUUUAAUUAGAAUCCUGCAACGAUUUCUUGUCUUAUUUUCUUCAUUUACCACCGAUUAAUUAUGAUAUCAAAAAGUGUGUUGUCGGCUAAAUAUCUGAGUAACAUUUAUUUGCUUGUCUCUCAAUAUAUAUUUUGUGGGGUAGUAGAUUGCUUUUGAUAUUGUCAUAUGAGGCAGUUAUUGGUUGUUAAUUGAAGUAAUUCAACUUUGACCAUUUUAUGUCAUAUCAAUAAAUUAACUAUUUAUAAUGAUAUAUAUGAAUCAAUAUUGAUUAAAUUCACCUUAUGAGAAAGACAACAAACAUGUUAUAUUGAAAAUGUUUGAUUUUGCAAAGACGUUAUUAUAUAUCAUAUGUUAUAUUACUUAUAUAAUUUACUGGGAACUGGUAAUUGUUUUGGUUUAUAGAAAUCUGCUUGUAGUAAGGAAUAUAUAUUAUUUAUAUACCGGUUAAUAUAUAUUUAAUUGAUAUUAUAAUUUUGAUAUUAAUUCAUACAGUAAAAAUGUAUAAGUUCAUUUAUUAUGUAAUCUUGUCAAAACUCUCUCUCUCUCUCUCAUUAUAUUUAAGCCACCAAAAUAUUAAAUUAUAUUUUUUUUAUCACAUUUUGUUACAUUUCUAUCCUUUAAUAGUUCCUUCUAGGCUGUUGAAUUUUAUUCCAUCGGUUUUAGCUUUAUUUGCAUUUUGGUUGAGGAAUUGAAUUGAAUUACUGUUACAUAUGAAAAAGAUUGGAAAUAGAGAGUGGAAAGUUAAUGCUGUAGUGUGUAUUGCCUAUAUAUUAAAAAAUCCAGGUAACCUCA